CUGGUGGCUGGGCCGCGGUGCUGGAAGGAGGCACGAUGGUGGACAGCGUCUACCGCACCCGCUCGUUAGGCGUAGCAGCCGAGGGGCUCCCGGACCAGUAUGCAGAUGGGGAGGCGGCGCGCGUGUGGCAACUAUACAUUGGGGACACGCGUAGCCGCACGGCUGAGUACAAAGCGUGGCUACUGGGACUGCUGCGCCAGCACGGAUGUCAGCGAGUGCUGGACGUGGCCUGUGGCACUGGGGUGGACUCCAUCAUGCUGGUGGAAGAGGGCUUCAGUGUGACAAGUGUGGAUGCCAGCGACAAGAUGCUCAAGUACGCGUUGAAAGAGCGCUGGAACCGGCGGCGAGACCCAGCCUUUGACAAGUGGGUCAUUGAGGAAGCCAACUGGAUGACUCUGGACAAAGACAUAUGCCGGCCGGAUGGUGGCGGCUUUGAUGCCGUCAUCUGCCUUGGGAAUAGUUUUGCCCACUUGCCAGACUGCAAAGGUGACCAGAGCGAGCACCGGCUGGCGCUCAGGAACAUCGCGAGCAUGGUACGGCCAGGCGGCCUGCUGGUCAUCGACCAUCGCAACUAUGACUACAUCCUCAGCACAGGCUGUGCCCCUCCAGGGAAGAACAUCUACUACAAGAGUGACCUGACCAAGGAUAUCACGACAUCGGUGCUGACGGUGAACAACAAAGCUCACAUGGUGACACUGGACUACACUGUGCAAGUGCCAGAUGCUGGCCGGGAUGGUGCCCCGGGCUUCAGCAAGUUCCGGCUCUCCUACUUCCCACACCGCUUGGCGCCCUUCACAGAACUGCUCGAAGCAGCCUUCGGGGGCAAGUGCCAACACAGUGUCCUGGGCGACUUCAAGCCGUACAAACAGGGCCAGGCCUAUGUCCCCUGUUACUUCAUCCAUGUGCUCAAAAGGACAGAGUGAAUGUGGCCCCAGGAGCAGCAAUGUGGCUCUUCCAAGCGGGGCAGAAACAAUGUAAUACAAGCUGUGUCAGUCAAAA